UCGAAAACUAAAAACCUGAGCGACAGCUUGCGAUCUGGUAAAAUUUCGGUUUUACGAAUGGAAUGAUAAUUUUUUACUCAAAAGAAAUCUUUACUUGGAUUAAAGGUAGUAUAAUUACUCGGAAAAGCUGUUGCAUUGACAUUUGAGGACCUUCCAUGCUGGAGACAAUACUUGCUCUUGAUACAGAUUAAAAAGCAUUUUUUUUUUUCAAAUUAAUUCUUGACCAAUGAACUAUGCCCUUUUCAACAUUCGUAAUCUAUCUGUUCCAAAAUUCCUACAUUGAGAAUUAAUGGAAAGAAGCAAGGCAAACUGUAGUAGUUCCAGAAAGAAAAAAACGACUUUGAAGUGUUUACAUAUAGCUCUUUGACAUGUCUGGAUUGAUUAUUAACUAUGUGAUCUUCCAAUUAUAAAAUGGGAAUUUGUGUCUGCAAAGAAAGGCAAUCUGAAUCUGACGAAGAAACCAUCACACAGCCUCCAAGAUUGUCUGUGAAUUCUUUGUCUGCCGAAACGACCCAUGUGACCCCUUAUGGUGGUCAAUAUGAUCCUGUUCAGAGGGCUUUGGACCUUAUGGUAUCAAGGCAGUCUGUUGAUAAAUUAGUUAUGGAAACUUUAUGUGUAAUAAGAACUUUUGUUGAUAAUGAUAUUGAACCCCCUCCUUCUAUGGCUCAAAUUCACUGCAUAGCUGACAAAGAAAUUGGUUGGCUGACUGUUGUACAUUCCAUGGCUAAUGUUAUUCCCAUGGAUGAUCCGCUGGGACCAGCUGUUAUAACUCUGCUCUUGGAUGAAUGUCCUCUUCCUUCAAAAGAAUCAAUUGCAAAGCUUUCAAAAGUGUUUUGCUUAUCUAAAGAACAAGCUCUUCAGGGAAAAUUCAAUCCUACUCGGCACAGAAACAUCUGUGUUAUUUUGGGCUGUAUUGCUGAAAAACUUGCUGGUCCAAGUAGCAUAGCUCUUUUAACUCAAGAUGCAAUGGAUUACCUCUUCACUAAUCUUGAUCCUAGCAUGAACACAUCUGUGAUCCUAUUCUCACUAAUUGCCUUAGAAAAAUUUGCACAAACAAGUGUCAAUAAAGUCACAAUAAAUCAGCAACUCCAGUCAAAGCCAGAAAAUCCUUUAGAAAGACUUGAAGCUUAUGUUAACAGUCCAAAUUAUGCACAGAAGCAAGUAGGAUUUUGUGCCCAGUGGUGCUUAGAUAAUUUGUUCAUAAAAGAAGGAAGACCAUUUACAUAUGAAAAUGUGGAUAGGACGAAUUUAAAUGCUAUGCUCAAUAGUAAUGAUGUGAGUGAAUAUUUAAAGAUUUCUGCUGAUGGCUUGUCUGCUCGGUGUGAUGCAUCUUCCUUUGAAAGUGUGCGAUGCACUUUUCAAGUGGAUUCUGGUGUGUGGUACUAUGAAGUCACUAUUGUCACUUCAGGUGUAAUGCAAAUUGGAUGGGCCACACGUAAUAGCAAGUUCCUAAAUCAUGAGGGUUAUGGAAUAGGUGAUGAUGAAUACUCUUUAGCUUAUGAUGGAUGUCGGCAACUGAUUUGGCACAAUGCUGCUAGCAGUUCUCAUUCUCAUCCUUGUUGGAAGCCUGGUGAUGUGUUAGGAUGUUUAUUAAAUGUGGAACAUUCAUAUGUCAUAUUUUAUUUAAAUGGAAAUCAGCUGCCUCCUUGUUCCCAAUUAUUCCAAAAUGCCAAAUCCGGAUUCUUUGCUGCAGCCAGCUUCAUGUCAUUCCAACAGUGUGAAUUCAAUUUUGGUCGAAUGCCAUUUAAAUUCCCUCCAGCAAACAUAAACUUCCAGUGUUUUAAUAAUUGUGCCACUUUGUCAGAUGAAGAGAAGAUUAUACUUCCCAGACAUAUAAGGCUUGAAAAAUUGAGGCAGACCAGUGUGAAAGAAGAUUCUUGCUCCUUGUGUUUUGAUGGAUCUGCAACUAUUAGAUUAGAUCCUUGUCAACAUACGGGAUUCUGUGUCCAGUGUGCCUUGCAACUUGAAGUAUGUCCGAUGUGCCGUAGCAAAAUUGAUGAAAGAGCUGAAAUUGGAUGAAAAGUACCUUAUCUAUCUUGAUUGUCUAAAACAAACUUUACAUACAACUUGGAUAUGCAGAUGACUGCUAUAUUUAUUGACUUGAAAAAGCUGCCAUAUUUUUUUUAACAAAAGAAAAGUUCUGUAUCUAGGGAGUUUUUAUUUUUAUGGAGACUGGUUUGAAGGUUUUAGAAUGCUAAAUGUUCCAACCCACGGAAAAGAUAAUGAUUUUGUGUAAAAUUUUCUAAUCAAAUCAUAUCUAAUUUUGAUUUUGUUGUUGUUGUUUUUGCACUCGUCAUCUGUCAAUUAUGUGAUAUGAAAUUUAUUUGUAAUUUGGUAAGAAAUGAUGUUUGGAAAUAUAAAGUUUUGAGUUUUAAUUUAAUUUAAGCCAUUAUUCACUGUUUAAGUGCCAAAUUUUACCGAUGUUUGUGUAGUUUGUUGCUUUUACUUGUCUUUAUUUGUAGAUUAUAAAAAAAUGCUUAUGAAAUCUGGUCUCAUUAACAAUUGGUUCCAUUUCAAUGCCUUCUUUAUUUUCAACUCCCUUUUAACUUGUAAGAAAGAGCUUAUUUUAAAAUCUUUGAAGUAUUUUCUACUUCAAAUAAUGUGUAUAAAGUUUCUUCUAACGAACUUAAAUCUAUUCAAAGUUUAAAUAUUUCUUUGAUAGUAUUUCACAGUACGAGUUUGUUAACUCUGUGUAUAAAUUUAUUGCACAGCUCUAAAUAUUUGAUAAAGUACUUACGUGUGUGAAAAUGUUACGUUUUCCUCUAUGUUUGUUAAAAUUAAACAAAAAUCUAAAACUUCAUAAAAAAAUUAAAUUGAACAAAAAAAAAAUCUAGUUAUAUGGACUA